UUUACUGACAAGGCAUAUCAUAAAAGGUCUUGGUCUUGGUCUUGGUCAAUGGUCUUAGGUCAAUGCCGGUUUAUGCUUAUCGAAUAGUUCAGUAGUUGGUUAUUUUUAUCUUUGUGGGGUUGUUGAAUUCUUGUUCUUUUAUGUGGUUGUGAAUCUGGAAACAGCAUGAGAACAUUACAAUGGCUCCAUUGAGUUUUAUUGGUGUUCUUUAAGUUUUAUUCUACAGGUUGUUUGUGUACUUUAUAAUAGAGGACAGAAAGCUUUCUGCAUGAUGGUGCGAAACAUAAGUUCUCUACUCAUAACUGGGGUGAACUCAGUUUGUCGCCUGAGCCGAAGUCAACCUGUUAGAAGCAUGUCUAGCAAGACUGAUGAUGUGGUUCUGGCAGAAAUCAUCAAUAACACUGGCGUUCUCACCUUAAACCGGCCAAGAGCUUUAAACUCAUUGAAUGAGGCAAUGGUAACAAUAGUUCUAGAGAAGUUACGAGAGUGGGAGAACAAAGUGCAAUGUGUUGUCGUACGAGGGAGUGGGGAGAAGGCAUUUUGUGCAGGAGGAGAUGUUGUAGCAGUGACAUCUGGUAGUCCUACUAGCUGUCAGUAUGGAAAAGACUUCUUUCGAAAAGAAUAUACCAUGGAUUACACAAUCGGUCAAUUUAAGAAACCAUAUGUUGCAUUAAUCGAUGGAAUAACCAUGGGAGGAGGUGUGGGUAUUUCAGUUCAUGGGAAAUACCGUGUAGCCACAGAAAAGACUCUUUUUGCUAUGCCAGAAACAGCAAUUGGCCUUUUCCCAGAUGUCGGUGCAAGCCACUUUCUUCCAAGACUAGAGGGAAAACUGGGCUUAUAUCUUGCCCUCACAGGGCAAAGGUUGAAGGGCAAGGAUGUAGUAAAGAUCGGUUUCGGUACACAUUUUAUUGAAAGCAAAGAUGUUCCUAGAUUGUUUGAUGCUAUAGUGAACUUAAAAAAUGGUGAUGUAGACAAUGUACUUAGACAACACACUCAGGAUAUAUCGAGUCACCAGUUCAGUCUAGGAGCUCACAUGGGAGUGAUCAAUCAGGCUUUCUCGGCUCCAACUGUAGAAGAGAUAGUGAAAUGUCUGGAGAGAGAAGGCUCUGAGUUCAGUUCUGCAACUUUGAAACUACUAAACAAGAUGUCUCCCAUUUCAAUGAAGAUUGCCAAAAUGGAAUUGGAAAAAGGAGCAAAGAUGAAUCUCAAAGAGUGCCUACAGAUGGAGUAUCGGCUUGCAAAGGCUGCACUAGAAGCUACUUCCUCACCUGAUUUUUAUGAAGGUGUAAGAGCCCUCCUGAAGGACAAGGAUCAGAACCCCAAGUGGAAACCAGCAAGAUUGGAAGAGGUUACUGAUGAUAUGGUUAACAAAGUCUUCUUGUCUAUUUCUGCUGAUGAAGAACUUAAACUUUAGUUAAGACUAGCUGUCAUACGAAUUUAAACAUUCUUAAAACUGUAAACUGUGUGGAUUCAGAAACACUACCUUUAAAUUUUGUAUUUACGAUCUGAUAUUUUUAUAUUCAUAUUUAUUUACAAAAAUAUCUACUUUUGUAGUUUUUAACCAUAGAGUUAUUUUAUAUAAGUUUAUAUAAUAGAGUUUAUACAGAAAUAGAAAACUCAAUUUCCCUGUAAUAGUUGUUGAAAAUAAACAUAUUUGUUAUGGA